CAACAGUAGGGGGCAGUACGGACGGACACCCCUGAUGGAGGGAGCAGAGAAGGGACACAGACAAGUGUUUGACUUACUUGUGAGAGAAGGAGCUGAUGUAUCAUUAGUGGAUGAUAACGGAAGCAACAUCCUCCAUGUGGCCUGUCUUGGAGGACAUGUUGAUAUAGUGAAGUAUGUCCUGUCACAGAAGGUUUCAGACAUGAACGGUAGGGGGCAGUACGGGCGGACACCCCUGAUGGUGGCAGCAGAGAAGGGACACAGACAAGUGUUUGACUUACUUGUGAGAGAAGGGGCUGAUGUAUCAUUAGUGGAUGAUGACGGAAACAACAUCCUCCAUAUGGCCUGUAUUGGAGGACAUGUGGACAUGGUGAAGUAUGUCCUGUCACAGAGGGUUGCAGACAUCAACAGUAGGGGGCAAUACGGGCGGACACCCCUGAUGGUGGCAGCAGAGAAGGGACACAGGCAAGUGUUUGACUUACUUGUGAGAGGAGGAGCUGAUGUAUCAUUAGUGGGUGUUGAUAGAAAAAACAUUCUCCAUGUGGCCUGUCUUGGAGGACAUGUGGACAUGGUGAAGUAUGUCCUCUCACAGAAGGUUGCAGACAUGAAUGGUAGGGGGACAUACGGGCGGACACCCGUGAUGAUGGCAGCAGAAAAGGGACACAGACAAGUUUGUGACUUACUUGUGAGAGAAGGAGCUGAUGUAUCAUUAGUGGGUGUUGAUAGAAACAACAUCCUCCAUAUGGCCUGUCUUGGAGGACAUGUGGACAUAGUGAAGUAUGUCCUCUCACAGCAGGAUGCAGACAUGAACGGUAGGGGGCAAUACGGGCGGACACCCCUGAUGAUGGCAGCAGUUAAGGGACACAGACAAGUGUUUGACCUACUUGUGAGAAAAGGAGCUGAUGUAUCAUUAGUGGAUGAUGACGGAAACAACAUCCUCCAUAUGGCCUGUCAUGGAGGACAUGUGGGCAUGCUGAAGCAUGUCCUCUCACAGAAGGUUGCUGACAUCAACAGUAAGGGGAAGUACGGGUGGACACCCGUGAUGAAGGCAGCAAGGAAGGGCCACAGACAAAUGUUUGACAUACUAGUAGGAGGAGGAGCUGAUGUAUCAUUAGUGGAUGAUAACGGAAGCAACAUCCUCCAUGUUGCCUGUCUUGGAGGACAUAUGGACAUGGUGAAGUAUGUCCUGUCACAGAAGGUUGCAGACAUCAACCGUAGGGGGCAGUACGGGCGGACACCCGUAAUGAUGGCAGCAGAAAAGGGACACAGAGAAGUGUUUGACUUACUUGUGAGAGAAGGAGCUGAUUUAUCAUUAUUCGGUGUUGAUAGAAACAACGUCCUCCAUAUGGCCUGUCUUGGAGGACAUGUGGACAUGGUGAAGUAUGUCCUCUCACAGAAGGUUGCAGACAUCAACUGUAGGGGGCAGUACGGGAGGACACCCCUGAUGAUGGCAGCACAGAAGGGACACAGACAAGUGUUUGACUUACUUGUGAGAGAAGGAGCUGAUGUAUUAUUAGUCGAUGAUAACAGAAACAACAUUCUUCAUGUGGCCUCUCUUGGAGGAGAUGCAGACAUGGUGAGGCAUGUCCAAGCAUUUGUGAACAUCGAAUGUGGUGAACAUCGACGACAGAAAUGACCAUGAUGAUAUAGUGUUUGGCCUCAUGGUUGCAACACAGGGCAGCAGUCAUGUCUGACAGGGAAGAACAAAUCGUGACAAAGUACUAAUUUGUGUUUUUGAUUUCCUGUCAAAGCAAAAAUAUCUUGCAUCGUUCUAUCAUGACGUCAUUUCUGCACAUUCGAACAUACGCUCGAAUCAUAAAUUGGACAACGUUAUUUGUUUAAGGAAGUGUCUCGUGCGUUGUUCCCCAUAGAUGCUGUUGGACAACGCAGAUAAACGCUAUGACCAAACGAUUGCAUCCAAAUAUGGGCGAGACAUCUAAAGGGACUUAUCGACAUUCCAAUGUCCGUCUGCCUCCUCGUCGGAGAUAAUCGGUGAAGACCUUGGUAUGAUGUGGCUUGACAUUGCCAUCUAGUAGUUCAGACUUUUUGCAGGUGAUUCCAGCUAAUAGUACAACAUCGUUGGCGAGGGAAAUAUCCAUUGACAAUAAUCAAAUCUGUUCCCAUGCCAUGUGUGAUACCGCCCCACACCAUGCCACUACCAUCCCCAUGCCAAUCAAAUGUCUUGUCGUGCGAAUGAAUAGUUAUGUAAAGGGUUACACGUCUAGUGUCAGAUGUGUAUCUUGUAGUGGAGCGCGAGAACGCCACAGACCACCACUACACCUUAGGCCAAGGUUGGGCGCAACUACAUGUACUUCAUACUUUUUAACAUUCGUGGAUUGUAAAACUGUGUAGUUUAUUAAAAAUGUGAAUGUAUUAUACAUAUUUGUUUAAUGUUGUUUAGCAUAUUGUAUAUUGUAAAUGAAAAUAUGGAGUAAAAUUGCCAAAAAGGGGUUUUUAAAAAUAUUAUUUAGCCAUUACUAUUAUUAUUAGUGGUAGUUGUAUGUACAUAUACACCAGUAUGUAUACAGUGUAUUUAGACGAGUUCUAAUUACUUUGAAGUAGUAGUGUUUGAUGUGACUCCCAGCGACAUGUGAACCAUCUGAUCCGGUGACAACUAGAUGUGUAGGUUGGAGAACGUCUGAAGGGAGGCAGGCAUGACCUACCACAAGGUUGCUGUGGUCAGUGUACAUGUCAUACAGGCAGGACAUUCCUUUCUACCCUGGGGACAACUUGGUUCGCACCUAGAUGUGUAGCUUGGAGAACGUCUGAAGGGAGGCAGGCAUGACCUACCACACGGUUGCUGUGGUCAGUGUAGAUGUUGCCUUCAAAGUGUUGUAUCAGAGUGUAGUGAGUGAAUGUAGCAUUCAGAGUUUAUUGUUUGUUUCGUUGUUGUUUAAUGCCGCUCUCAGCAGUAAUCCAGCUAUAUGAGGGCGGUCUGUAAAUAAUCGAGUCUGG